AUGACGUGUGAAAUAAUGAACAGUAGUGAAAAAGCUCUCCGAACAGAUGAAGGAUUAGUCGUCUACAGAAGAAUAGUAGCCAUUGCUCCUCAGAUGAAAAUGAAACCCUUCCGACUAUAUGUCCUUACGGUUCACAGUUAUGCUUUUAGCUGUCUGGUGGCAAUAAAAAUUAUUGACAAAUCUCAGCUGGAUGCUGUGAAUCUGGAGAAGAUCUACCGAGAAGUGCAGAUAAUGAAAAUGCUUGAUCACCCACACAUUAUAAAGCUGUACCAGGUGAUGGAGACCAAAAGCAUGUUGUACCUUGUGACAGAAUUUGCCAAAAAUGGAGAAAUUUUCGAUUAUCUCGCCAGCCAUGGCCGUCUAAGUGAGUCUGAGGCCAGGCGCAAAUUCUGGCAGAUCCUCUCAGCAGUGGAGUAUUGCCACGGUCGAAAGAUUGUUCACCGUGACCUGAAGGCUGAAAAUCUUUUGCUUGACAACAACAUGAACAUCAAAAUAGCAGAUUUUGGAUUUGGAAAUUUCUAUAAGAGUGGUGAGCCUCUGACGACAUGGUGUGGAAGCCCACCAUAUGCAGCCCCAGAAGUCUUUGAAGGACAGCAAUACGAGGGACCCCAGCUGGAUAUCUGGAGCAUGGGUGUAGUUCUUUAUGUUUUGGUCUGUGGAGCACUACCUUUUGAUGGACCAACGCUCCCCAUACUGAGGCAACGCGUUCUUGAAGGGAGGUUCAGGAUCCCUUAUUUUAUGUCAGAAGAGUGUGAACAUCUGAUUAGAAAAAUGUUGGUCCUAGACCCAUCCAAACGGUUAACUAUUGCUCAGAUUAAGGAGCACAAGUGGAUGCUUAUAGAAGUUCCUGCACAGAGACCUAUUCUUUAUCCACCAGGAGAGGAGAAUGAGCCUUCCAUUGGAGAGUAUAAUGAGCAGGUCUUACGGCUAAUGCACAGCCUUGGAAUAGACCAACAGAAAACUAUUGAGUCUCUGCAGAACAAGAGUUAUAACCACUUUGCUGCUAUCUACUACUUGUUAGUGGAAAGACUCAAAUCACAUCGGAGUAGCUUCCCCGUGGAACAGAGACUUGAUGCUCGUCAGCGUCGGCCAAGCACCAUCGCUGAGCAGACAGUAGCCAAGGCACAAGCUGUGGUACCCUCAGUUAACUUGCAUUCACAAAAUGCAAGGUUGUUGCAGUCUCCAGGCCUUCCCUCAGCUUCAGGAGCAGAAGCCUUUUCAUUCCCUCCAUCCAGCUGCCAGGGAGAGACAGCUUUUAUGGAGGAAGAAAGAGUUGAGACACCAAAGGUAAAUGGCUGCCUGCUAGAUCCUGUACCUCCUGUGGUGAUUAGGAAAGGAUGCCAAUCACUGCCUACCAGCAUGAUGGAAACUUCUAUUGAUGAAGGAAUAGAGACAGAAGGAGAGUCAGAAGAUGACCCUGCACAGGCAUUUGCAGCCCUCCAAGCAGCUCGCUGUGGGAAGCGACGUCACACUCUGGCAGAAGUUACCAAUCAGCUGGUGAUGAUGCCAGGCACAGGGAAAGUCUACUCAUUGGAUGAAAACUCAUCUCUAGGUAGCAUUGAUUCAGAGUACGACAUGGGAUCCAUUCAGAGAGAUAUUAAAUUCCUGGGAGACACCCCUUCCUUGAAAGAAAUGGUGCUAACUAACCAACAAGCACCCAGAAUGACAACACCUUUCAUAGGUCUGAGACCUGCCAAUCCAGCCAUGCAAGCACUCACCUCCCAAAAGCGAGAGACCCACAACCGCUCUCCUGUCAGUUUCCGAGAGGGGCGCAGAGCUUCUGACACAUCCCUCACACAAGGAAUUGUAGCAUUUAGACAGCACCUCCAGAAUCUGGCACGAACCAAAGGAAUCCUGGAACUGAACAAAGUCCAGUUGCUGUAUGAGCAGAUGGGAUCAGAAGAAGAACAUUCUCUGACAUCAACUGCCACCCAGUUGCAGGACCUCAUUAAUAGUCCACCGCAGGAGGAAGCAUCUCAGCAGCAGCAGGAAGCUGCAUCUGCUUUCCCUAAUGGUGCACAUCCCCCAUUAUUAUCCAGACGGCAGAGCUUAGAGACACAGUACUUACAACACAGGCUCCAGAAACCCACUCUACUAUCAAAAGCUCAGAAUACUUGCCAGUUAUACUGCAAAGAAUUGCCCCGGAGUCUGGAACAGCAGUUACAGGAGCACAGGCUGCAUCAGAAGCGACUCUUUCUCCAGAAGCAGUCCCAGCUGCAGGCCUAUUUUAACCAGAUGCAAAUAGCUGAGAGCUCAUACCCAAGGUCAAGUCAACUGCCACUUUCAUGCCGGGGGGAGGAGCAACAACAGCAGCAGCAGCAAUCAACCCAGUUCAGCUUGCAGCAGCCUCUGAGCCCUGUGAUGGAGCCUUCCUCAGAACAAAUGCAAUACGACCCCUUCCUCGGUCAAUACCAGAAGGUACAGCUGGAUCCACUGCCACCCUCCCAGAUCACCAGCUCAUCACGGUUGUCAUCACCAGUUCAGGUGCAGCAGCCGCCACAGUCCUUACCAUAUUCAUAUCAGACUUGUGAAUUGCCUGUUGUCACCUCUUCUGAGCCAGACUACCCAGACCAGUGCCAAUAUUCCAUGGACCCAGCACAACAGAGCAGUGUAGCAUUGCCUGACAGCCAGAGCAGCUCAGCAUCUCAUGAGUCCCAGUCAAAUUAUGAUGCAUUAACCCUCUCAGAAUUGCCUGGACUCUUUGAUUGUGAAAUGAUGGAGACUGUAGAUCCCCAGCACAGUGGCUAUGUCCUGGUGAAUUAAUACAUGGAGUGACUAACAUGAGAGUGGAAGACAGGACAAAUGGAGAAGCAUGUGAAUUUUUGUUUUUUGUUCCUAGCCCAAAGUUCAUGGUAACUUUUCAACCCUUGAAUUAACAGGGGAACUAAAAAUCCACCUGACUGGAAAAAAAGCAGGAGGUGGCAAGAAGCAUUUGGCCACUAGUUCCUCUUGCUGGUGGAAGGGGCUAGAGAAUAGAUAGUGCAGUUUAAUCCCACAAAGAACUAGUUUGCACAGGAGGAGGCAAAAAAAGUGAAUUUUAGAGGAAGGAAAUAGCCCCUUCUAAAAAAAAAAAUGGGGAGUGUGUCAGCAUUCAUCUAACAUUCACUUGGAGAAAUGAGAAUGAGUGCACAUUGUAUUGUACUUCUUGGCAAUAAAAGCAAUAGUUUUCAUUGAAAUUCAGGGUAGAUUUGGGUCUGCGCUGAUGGCAACUGUAAUACUACUCUUGAAACAGUAGCAUGAGGUGGAAUUAAAGGAAAGUUGCACUUUUGCAUCCAAUUUGCUGGUUAAGCUGUUGAUCUGGAACUACUCCAUGGUAAGUCUCCGAGAUCACCAGGCAUCUCAGGCAGCCUCCACUUCCUCCUGCUAGCAAAUAAACAGUAUUUCCCAAGCCUGCCAAGGAACUCUUAACUGUCCACUAAAGGAAGCUUCUGGAUCUCUUCUAAGUGACAUCUUGAUUUUGUCAAAAGAUACCUGGAACUGACAUGGGGCACCACAGUGGUUUGUAGAGUCCUCUGGGUGGGGAUCAGAAUACUAAAGGAUAAAGGAUUAGCUAAUGGAGAGAAUGAAGGUAAGAAGUACUAUGAGAAAAAUCAAGAGCUGCAGCCAAUGGCAUUAAAAAAAAAAUCCACCUGGGUGGCUUUUGAAAUCAACCCUUUUUGCAGGCAGGCCUUUGUGGAGGGCUCUGUUUUGGAGAAGUUCCAAUCACUGGAAAGGAUCCAUCUGUCCUUCCGUCGCAUUUUAAAAACGAGCAAACAAACUGUGUUUUGAAUUUGCAGUAUGUGUUGCUGGUGGUUUAUUGAGCUUUGUAUAUUUGGACAAUUACUUAGGGUUUUAGAACUUAAGGAUAAAAACAAUGAGCUUAAAAAAAAAACCCCUGUGAAGUGAUAGUGCUGUGCCUUUUUCAGUUCUUUAUCAGCCUAUAUGCUUUUUUCUGAAGAAAGUAGACAAUACUCCAUUUAUAUCCUUGCUAUAGCCAAAGUCCCUUCAGAGCACACGUUCCACCAUGUGGAACAUAGUGUUUAACUUUCUUAGUGUUUUGAUUGCUCGUGUAUAUAUAACAUUGAAAGUAUUACAGCAAUAUUUAGCAUCGUGAACUGUUGAUGUAUCAACCAUUUCAAGAAAUACUAAACUCAACAAGCAGUUGUGUCUCCAGAACUUUCAGUCAUGAAAUGCAAGUCAUAGAGGAUUGUUUAGGAAUCUGCAGAAAGUUUAGGUGUCUAGUUUGGGUUUUGUCUCUAGCCUUUAAGUAUUGUGGGACAUUACAGAAUGAUAGACAAAUGAGGCUCACAGCUAGAAAGUUUAGCCCUUUUCUGAGCAAACAUUAAGCACAAUUGCAGAUUCAUUAAAGCACAAAGAAUGGCAGAGAAACUGUGCUGAUCACAUAUGUAGAAAACACCACUGUUUGCUGGAAAGUUUGGUGAGCUAAGGUCUUUGAUACUACAAAUAAUGAGGGUGUAGUCACCAAACUCAAAGUUUGGGUAUUCAGGGCAUGUGGUCACUUAAAUGGAAUGGGUUGAACAGGUAGCAGAAGGAAGAAACAAACAAACAAACAAAAGUACUUCAGGUAUGUUGGUUCUUCCAUAUUUGUCAAAUCACAGAUCCUACCAAGCUAGAAAGGCGUUCUCAAAGCUGCUCUCUUUUCCUUCACUAGAAAGGUGGAUAAAUGAGACAGCAUUUACAGCAAUAAGACUGCGUUUUAACAUGGAAUAGUGGGACUUCAGUCACUGCAUUGUAGGCUGUGUGAAGGAGGGAAGGGUUUAACAGCUGACAGAGGGCACCUUGCUUCCUGUAUACUACAAUUAGAGACGCAACUCCUGUUGCUAUGUAGCCUGCUCUGAUUUGAGUCCAGCUGCACAACUGGACCAAUUCCAUAAGUGCUCAGCUUCUACCUCUGGUAUCAGUGAUUCUCAAGGCAUCAGCAAAGGAGAGUUUAAAGAACAGGGAUCACAUCCAUACGCUACUUAUGUGAUGCAAGAUAAAGAGGGCUAGAAAACUCUAGUUUAAAUAGCUGAGAGGAGAAAGAAAAGGUUUUUAUUGUGUGGUUUCCCUUCAAAAGGAAACUCACCUGACACAGUAAAUAGCUAUGGAACACAGAAACCCCUGUGACACCUUAAGUGACUAACAAAGGGAAAGGAAACAGCUUGACAAAUACUGCAGCAUAACAGACCAGGCAUUUCACUACUGCAAAAAAAGAAAAAGAGGCAGAGUCCUGUCCUUUCAUUCCUUCUUCCCUACCCCACAGUAUAAUAAACACCUUCUGGAAUUUUAAUAUCUGAUCAAGCACUCAAGGAACUAUGUGGCAAAAACUGCUAACAGGACACGCAACACCUAUGGAGACAGGUCCAGUUCUGCUCCAGGAGCUGGGUUACUGCCAUAACUAUAACCACUUCCUUCCCCAUCCAACUCCAGGAUACUGUACAUUUCAGGACUCAAAGAUAAAAAUAAAUCUGUUCUUGAGUUCUGCAGUUCAUUUAUCAGGAUGUGCCAACUAGUCUAAGCUCAAUUGAGCUUUGCAGUGCUGGUAAGGGGGAAGCUACAGUGUUUUUUAAAUGUAGUUUAGACUGACUUUUCCCCUCAACCAAAAGCAUAUUUAAUGUUUCAUGUAAGUUCCUUUAAGCCAAUUAGAAUAAAAGGCUUCUAAUGCCUUCUAAUACGGCAGAGUAUCCAUUGGGCACCACUUCGUACUACUCUGAAGUGGCUUUUGUGUUCAAAUCUGUUAUGUCUAACAUUAGAGAACCGUGUACACUACUGUUAGAGUAAUUAUUAGCUUUAUUAUCUUAUAUUACAGACUCCUUUGAAGAGACUUUGGUGUGAUGUAUAUGGGGUAAAAAUUUCAUAUGGAGAAAAGUGCAAUAUGUGUGUGUGUGGUAUGUUCUUUAAUGUAUUUUUUUAAGGAGUUAGAGGGUUUAGUCUCUGCUUUGGGAUAAAUGCACUAGUUUUGUGAGCUCCAGUUUGGCAAGUUCAUCUGUAGUAUUUACAUGCAACUGAUAUGCUGGACUCUGUAAAGCAAUUACAGUGUAUUAAUACAAAAUAAAGAAUAUGUGCAUUUCAUUUUUAAAUAUCUAGUGAGCUAAAGC